UAGGAAGCAGUCAUCAUCAGUCGUAGUCUCAUCUGGCCGGCUCCAUGGCAAAACAAGACCUCUUUAUGUAUUUGCAUUUAUUUUCUGUCGUUUUUCUGCAGCUUUCUUUGUCUUUUGAUCAAGUGCCUGCUGUUGUGGAGAAAAGUUUAGGGGGACCCACAUCCCAAGAUAUCAGGGUUCAAAACAAUGGAUUGGCUUCCCAGAGCCACAGUGCUGCUUCCGAUGGGGACAGUUCUUUGCUUGUGGUGGAGCACCCUCUCAGAAGAGUGCUGCAGCUUUAUGGGUGGCAGCUGGACUCCCCACACAGAACCAAAAGGAGGCUACUGCAGACAUCGAGCACUCUUCCUUACUCUCCUCUGAGCGUGGUUUACAAUGGAAAAACAUGUAUCCUGUUUAGGGCCAGGAAGAUUGCUAUAAGGUUCAGGAACAGCACUUCGGUGGAUCUCACAGAGAAGGCAUUCGGCCCCGACGCACCGGUUGACACCAAAGGAUCUAUGUGCAGCAAAGAUAAAGCUACGCUUGUUCUACGAUUUGGAGAUGUGGAGGACUUGAGAGGACUUGCCAUAAGGCUACAGAUGUCCAACACAUUCUAUGAGUCGGCAGGGCAGAACUGGUUUACUCUGGACAGCGUACACAUCCACUACAACUGGACCCACGAGGCUACGUUCAAUGCCAGCGACGUGUACGCUCCUAGUACCUACUCCUACCACUGUCAACACGUCAGCAGUCUGCAGAAGUACGACACGCUGCUUGUACCAAGCUCCAUCACAGACAACUCCGCAAACUGGCACAUCACAUUCACAGACUUCCAGUUACAAUCAUUCAACGUGCUGUCCAACAAGUUUGCCUCAGCCAGCGACUGCGCUACGUUCUUCACUCCGGCAAUCCUCAUGGGUCUGAUCACCUCCCUCAUCCUCCUCCUGGUCCUGGCCUACGCUCUGCACAUGGUGGUGCACCUCAAACACAUCGACACCUACGAAGAGCACAAGACUACUGUCUACUUCCCUCGCAGCUCAGAGACUGCAGAAUGCACCGAUGCCACCGGCUCCACCGCCACUGAGAAAAACAGCUUGUAGGACUCUGUUUCCCAGGAUCCACCUCAGUCUCCACCACUAGGAGUAUAGACUGUUCCUGUAGUUGUCAGAGAGUGACUGUGCAGGGGCUCCGACUGAGACCCCUAAUGCCUGGCAGACCGACUGAUUGACUGACUCAACUCUAGAUAUAAAGUAACAUCCCAUACUGAAGGACAUGGUCAUGUUGCCUGGACUUGAUAUGGUCGUCCACUCUGGCAUUGCUGGACUCAGGCAGUGGUUGUCCAGUAGAUCCAAUACUUCUCGGCUCAACAUCAUCUGGUGGAUUUGUAAACAACUUUGGAGGACACUAAUCCUGAGACAUUAACCACUUAUCUGGCAUUGCAAGUGAAAAAUAAACUAAUAAUGAUG